AUGACUGCAGUUUUCCGUUCGUUAAUACUGAAAAUCGCUGAGAUAUUAACAAUAUCUAUAUUAACAACAUGUUACUUCGCAAAUGGUCUCUGCAAAGAAAAUGAUGACACCGUGGCAAAUCUAACGGGGUCAAAAGAAAUGCUAAUCAUGCGUGCUACGGUAUACCAAGUUGGCAUUCUUACAAAUAGAACGAAUGAAACUUCCGAUUUAAGCACGGGUCACCAAGAAGCGCUUACAAUUUAUCAUAAUAACGGAUCAAGUAUUGAUCUAAGUAAAAUACCAGCUCCGUUGAUGACUAAUGUAACAGCAGAAAAAGUAGUCGGCGUGGCUCCCGUGUCUAACGGCUCCGUACCGUGGACCACGCUGCAGCGUCUGGUGGCCGCACCCCAUCUUCAAGGAAGUUCCAAUGGCCCAGAUUCAAACAUCCGAAGUGGUAAAUCAAAGCGCGAGGCGAACAAGACCCCCGUGGAAAUAAUAAAAGGUGCUGCCGUUAUUCCUUCAGAGGCUGGAAUCAACUCCAUAGCCUUACCACCCCUACUCACUUUUAAUAAGAACUUCUCAACGAUACCUGUCCCAAUACCGAACAUGUCCGUUGUUAGUUACGCUAAAGUCAAUACAUUAGUUCAUUCUCCUUAAUUUAUUUUAUUAUUAUAAAAAUGUCAAUCGCUUUUUUUAGCUGCUUAAGCAAGAUUUUUAACAGCUUAAGAUGGAAUGCACAUCCGUAGAGCGUCUGUUUUGAUAACAACUCAAACGCACGAAACGUUGUUGAUCAAUGUUUCUGAUACGUACCGCUAAGAUUUGUCUCUUCCGGCGCCCGUGUUUGCUGCCUCGUAUUUAAUUGAAUUAGCUUGAAGGCAACAGUGAACAAGUAUUAGACUAAUCUUCUAAGUCGUAGGCAAGCCUGCUUUCCGUAAGCCAUGAUCAUCAAGUGCCGUUUCAAAGUCUAUUUUACAAUAAAACACUAUGCUUUAUUUAUUUUGGUACUUAGGAAAAAAGUGGCGCGGUGCGUCCUUUGAGUCUCCUUCGCAUUUUGUUUUCGGCGUACCAAUUUCAACCGUAGGUAUGUCUGAGUUUGAGUUGUUAUCAAAAAACUUCGGUUUCAUUCUGCUUGGGUAUGUAAUGUGUCGGCUCUUAUUAUUAAAUCAAAAUAUUUGUAGAAAUAGGGAUGGGCGCACAUUUGCUAUUAUAGUCUGAGCAAUUUUGUUUCUUUUCAGUAGCUUGGGAGGCUAAUUUUCUAUUUAUGACUAAAUGCAGGUGAUUAUAGGCUAUGAGUGCCCAGCCUAAUUGUUCCGAGAUAAGCGAGCAUUCCGAGUGUAUGCGAUAUUAAUCGCAAUUGACAUUUUCAUCGAGCAACCCAGUUUUAUUUUUCCAUCCGCUAUUACGGACGGAACAUUUUUUUUAAAAGAUUGUGAAGUUUCAAUUAAAAAUAAGGGGGUGUAAGUUUUUUUGAAAUUAAUUCAUAACUUUCAGUAGAAGUAACAUGUAAUUUUUAACUUUAAUUCUUUAGAUUACGCACAUUAUUUAGUACUGAAUCAAAUAAAGUUGAGUUUAAAUAUUAA